CGUAGGUCUUCAUAAUGGCUUCUACUGUUUUAGCAAAUGGGCGACUUCUGAGAUCAAUGGAGUAGAAGGAAUGGUAUCGAACAUGGGGGACUGGAAAUCGAAGUGGUUUUAUGUCUUUAAAGUCCCUGGGAUUAGAACUGACUUUAAUCGCAGACCUAGUAUGUCGCAUGUUUUUUUAACUUAGACAUUUUCUGAAUUACUUUUGAGAUCUUUUGCUUACUCGCUCUUUCUUGUUCUCGCAGAUAGACCAGUUCGACCGGCACUUGACGCGACUCGCAGAGAGACAGCUGAAAUCCUUGGGAGCCUUCCGGUACAAGAUCGCGACUGUCGAUUACUGUGUACAACUGCGAAGUUGCGAGAACACCAGCUGAUUCCUAAGAACGCAAGUCUUCAAAGGGAGCCAGUAUACAAAGAACCAUCCGAGAGGCAACAAGAGCGGAUAGACAAACGCCUCUCCAAGCAAACUUCUCGACCAAUCUCAGAUAUGACUUUUUUGAAGUCCGCACCUGUCCUGAAGAUCAAGCCGAAGGGUGGAGCAACGACGACCUCGCCCGUUGUCGCCCAAAAGAGGAAGAGCGAUGCGAUGGCUACCCUUGCCACAGACUCUUCCAAGAAGCUGGCCAAGACCGCACAGGACAAGGGGAAGAAAGUCGUAAUCGAUCCACCUGUUCGAGCUCGCGACUUCUUAGCCAUGCAGGAGAAGUUCCUGGCCGAGAUCCCUUCUGAGGAGCUUGUUACGCGCUCUGCUGAGUUGGCCGUGCAGUCGAUGACCCUGUUCAUAAAAGCUGCUGCCACUCCUUCGAAGGAAGCUGACUCGCUGAAGAGGCAAAAUGCCCAGUUUCAGGAGAACAUAAAAAGGUUGAAGCAAGAAGCGGCUAGGAAGGAGAAGGAGCUUGAAGAACUUAACAAGGCUAAGGAGCAGGCGGAGCUCGAGGUCAAGAACUCGCGGGCGACGAUUGAGGAGAUGACUCGCGAUUUGGAGGCUGAGAAAGAGAACGGGAAGAAACAAUAUGAUCAGGCAGUGUCUGAUUACAUUUACACCACUCUUUCCAAAGUUCCAGACUUUGACUUCUCUCUCCUCGGAGCAGAAGCCGCUGAAAUGGCCGAGGCUUUUCGUGCCAUGUCGCCUACUCAGACCCAAGGUGGUGGAGGGAACCUUCCUGAUGAGGUCGAGGGUGCGGAUGCUGAAGAAGUCGAGAACGAGGUCAUCAGCAAAGUCGCGGAUGAGGCUGCUCCUGUUGCUCCAGAUGUCUAAUUUUCCUCUAUGUUAUGCUUUUUAAUUUUACUUCUCUCUUUUUCUUUAUAUGCGGUACAAGGGUACUCGCGCUUUUGUACUUAGACAAAUUUCCUUUUAUUUUGGACAAAUUUAUAUCCUCGCGGGGAUAAUUAUCCUUUAACAUUUUCUCAGUACAUGGGUACUCGCGUUUUCUAUAUAUAUAUUUGCGACUUUAAUUACAACUUGGUGUAAUAAGUAGAAAUAUU